CUGAGCUGCCGGCGACGCGAAGCUUCCCGCUCCGGUCCUGGCCGCGACGCGAACCGGCUGCCGCCACGCCGGACCGCAGCCGCCUUGGAAGCGCCUCUCCCGCAGUUAUGGAGAAAAAUUGUACAGACGCACUUCCUCUUACUAUGAAUUCUUCAAAAAACCAAGAGACUGUGUGCAUCUUUGGAACUGGGGAUUUUGGAAGAUCACUAGGAUUUAAAAUGCUCCAAUGUGGUUAUACUGUUGUUUUUGGAAGUCGAAACCCCCAGACGUCCAGUCUGCUACCCAACGGUGCAGAGGUCUUGAGCCAUGCAGAAGCAGCCCAGAAGUCUGACAUCAUCAUCAUCGCCAUCCAAAGGGAGCAUUACGAUUUCCUCACAGAUUUAACUGAGGUUCUCAAAGGCAAAAUAUUGGUCGACGUCAGCAACAACCUCAAAAUCAAUCAAUACCAAGAAUCUAAUGCAGAGUACCUUGCUCAGUUGGUGCCAGGAACCCACGUGGUGAAAGCAUUUAACACCAUCUCAGCCUGGGCUCUCCAGUCAGGAGCUCUGGAUGCAAGUCGACAGGUAUUUGUCUGCGGAAAUGAUAGCAAAGCUAAGCAGAGAGUGAUGGACAUUGUUCGUUCUCUUGGACUUACUCCAUUGGAUCAAGGAUCCCUCAUGGCAGCCAGUGAAAUUGAAAACUACCCACUGCAACUCUUUCCAAUGUGGAGAUUCCCUCUCUAUUUGUCUGCUGCAUUGUGCAUCUUCUUCUUUUUCUACUGUGUUGUAAGAGAAGUCAUCUACCCCUAUGUUUAUGAAAAAAAAGAUCAAACAUUUCGCCUGGCUAUUUCUAUUCCAAAUCGUGUCUGUCCAAUAGCAGCACUUGUACUGCUUGCCUUGGUUUACCUCCCUGGAGUUAUUGCUGCCAUUCUCCAGCUUUAUCGAGGUACUAAAUACCGCCGAUUCCCAGACUGGCUUGACCACUGGAUGCUUUGCAGAAAGCAGCUUGGCUUGGUAGCACUGGGCUUUGCCUUCCUUCACGUCCUCUACACACUUGUGAUUCCUAUCCGCUAUUAUGUACGAUGGAGGAUAAGAAACAUAACCAUUAACCAGGUGAAAAGUAAUAAAGACGAUCCAUUUAGUACUACCACAGCCUGGCUUAGUGAUUCAUAUGUGGCUCUUGGAAUCCUUGGAUUUUCUCUGUUUGUACUCUUAGGCAUCACUUCUUUGCCAUCAGUUAGCAACAUGGUCAACUGGAGAGAGUUUCGAUUUGUCCAGUCCAAACUGGGUUAUUUGACCUUGAUCCUGUGCACAGCCCACACCCUGGUGUAUGGAGGGAAGAGAUUCCUCAGCCCUUCAAUUCUCAGAUGGUACCUUCCUUCAGCCUACGUGUUGGCGCUCAUUGUCCCUUGCACUGUGCUGGUGCUCAAGUUUGUCCUCAUCCUGCCAUGCAUAGACAAGACUCUCACCCACAUCCGCCAGGGCUGGGAAAGGAACUCGAAAAUUUCAAAAUCCACCCUGAAUGGAAAAAUGGAUAUUUAAAGCAAAUUUUAAGUUACCCAGACUUCUCAAUUAUAGCACUAAAUGGUAAGAGAAGAAUAACCAGACAAUCAAGCAGGCUCUUUUCUCCCUUUCUGGCCUUAAGUUUGUAGACAGAGAAGGAAACUUUGUCUGGCUUUGAGAGGUCAGCAGAUUGGAAGACAACACCAGGUUUUAUCUCAGGUCACUGACGAAGCAGUGCAAGGUUCCUGCCUCACCUUUUCCAGAAACUGGGUUGAGGCUGAGAUUAGCUUUGUGGUUUCACACUGAGAAGCUUCUUUGUUGUGGGCAACUUGCAUGACCUAAUGUCUUGCGAAUCCCAGAAGUACAUGCAACUUCCUCCUCUGGCUUACGUAAUGAGUGGAGUCAGAGAGAAAACAGUAAGAUGGUGACCACUGGCAAAGGUUUUAUUAGGUAUGACUGAAGAAGGCCAAAAGCAGAAGGUAUGAGAUUUUUUUAAAAUGUUUUUUGAAAGUAAAGGCAAUCAUAAAUAUUGCCAUAAUGAAUUUUGUAGUUAAAUGUACUCCUUAAUUUUUUUUUCUAUUUUAUAACAACAGAAAUACCACAAUUGAUUGGAAGUAAGCAUGUCUUGGAUGUAUGCAAAUCUAUACAAUUGGCAUAAGACUCUUCCUCUCUAAGGAAUAGUUACAGGAGAAAUUGAGUAAAAAUGGACGGAUAUCUGCAUGGAUUUUCUCAAUGAGCAAUAAGCAUGAGAGGGUUGAUAAGAGCUCUUGUACAAAAAGUUCAAAACAAACAAUUUUAGAUAGCACAAUAAAUAAAUAUUGUGAAGUUGAACUAUGUUAUGUUUGAUAUUAGGCUUUUUGCUUUGGUGUAUUUUGUAAAUUGUGUAUUCCAAAUAUUGUUAAUAUUAACCAUUUAUGGAGUGAUAACGUAUUUUAUUAUAAUUUUAAGCAGGGAAAUGGAAUAAAUAGUCUGAAGGUAUAAGUCUGACCAAUAUGUAAACCAGAGAGAAAGAUGAAAAAUUCAGGGCAGACGUGUGAGCAGCAGUUGCAAGAGGAGACUUGGUUCUUCCUCAGAUGCUUCCUGGAAUGCAAAGCGGUUCUUUGUUUUCUAAACUGAUAGUGCUAUUUCCAAGAUAAACUUCAGCAGGAUUAGCCUUUCUAGAUCAAAAGUGAAGCUAAAAGAAGCCCUUAUGUCUAGUCUUCCCACAUGCUGAAGUAACCAAAAGGCACGGAGUUGACGUUUUUCUAUGCACUCUACAAAGGCAUUUAUUUUUCUCUUUUUUCCCACCUCUUUAUCAUAUAUUACACUAACAUUAUACAAAAUGACUAAAAUACAUUAAAAAUCACCCAUAGUUCAGGUUCUUUUUCAGUCAAACUUUUUGAAAAGUUUGUUUUCCAUACUGUAUAUUCAAUUUUGCAUUCUUCGUUUUUCACUUAUUAGAGAUUUUGUUCUCUUAAUUCUACAGUAUUUAGAUGUAUUUAAUGGUUGCAUACUUCAUCUCAUGAACAUUUAUUUAACCACUGCCUUAAGUAGACCUGUAGAGUGUAUCCAUUUUAAUGAAAACAACAUUUCAGAGAAUAUCUUUGUACUUACACUGUUUUCCAUAUUUUCAAUUAUUAUCUGAGAAUUGUUGCCAGGAAGUAGGGUUAUAAAAUUAAAGAACUUUUGAAAACA